AUGGGGGUCCCGCAAAGAGGGCGCCCCUUUCCCACCCCUGGUCCCAGCGAGAGGCGUGCCUGCCCUGCCCCACCCUCCAGCAGUCCUGAGAGAAGUCAGCAGUUCCUCAGCCCUCAGGCUUCCAAGGAACAGAGAACGGUGGAGAAGCCUGCAGGCAGAAAAAAGAAGACUCCGACCUCGAGGGAGAAAGCCGAUGCGCAGAAGAGCAUGCUCAGACAGAAAGCAUCCGGGGACAGAAAGCCACCUGAGAUGCCCACUGUGCCCAGGAAGCCCCGCACAGAGCCCCGCCUGAGUCCUGAAGAAGAGCGCAUCUUUGAUGCCUUCCACGCUUCAUUUAAAAAUGCCUUUGAGGGGGUUCCCUUGUUCAUUCCUUUUCAGAGGAAAAAACCUUAUGAGUGCAGUGAAUGCAGGCAGAUCUUUAAGCACAAGAAAGACCACAUUCGCCAUCAGAGGGUCCACACCAGAAAGAAGCCCUUCAAGUGUGAGCAGUGUGGGAAGGCCUUUUGGCACAGCUCCGGCGUCACCAAACACCAGAGGACUCACACUGUUGGCCUUCAUCAGACGUGUUGCCUGGCGGGUGUUCUGCUCUUGGGACCGCACUGGAGGGGCCACCCCAGGUGCAAGUGGGCAGGUGAACCACCAGAGGGGAGCCGUGGCACUUAUGGCCUCCUGACAGUCCUGCCACCACAGUCACUGCUGGAAGCAUGGCCUUCGUGGCUUCUCAGUGGACCUUGGUCCCGAUGA